CAUCACCUCCGCAACACCGGCUGAAGACAACCAGGAAAUUAUAUUAAGCGACAGCUGUAAGAGUGUUUAUCGCCAUUUAUUUUCCGGGUAAGAAACAUUGUAUUCCUGUAAUACAGCUACUUAUACAGCUAUAAUACAGAUAUUUUGCUUCAGGAGACAAUGCUUCAGUGUCUAUCGGGAGGUUCGUGUAUGCGUGUGGUAGAAGGUUACAAGUCUACGUGGUAUUUUUUGGUCUUGGUGCUGGCGUAUGUGCUAUAUCUGAUAUUCGGGGCUUUGGUGUUCUCCGCGGUGGAACUGCCGAAUGAGGAACUACUUCGACAAGAGCUUCGGACAACAAAACAGCAGUUUCUACAGGAUAAUGAAUGUGUGUCCGAUGAGAGACUGGAGGAGUUUCUGGCCAGAGCACUUGAGGCGAGUAAUUACGGUGUGUCGGUUCUCAAUAAUGCCACCACUAACUGGAACUGGGAUUUCACAUCAGCGCUUUUCUUCGCCAGCACAGUGCUUUCCACGACAGGGUAUGGCCACACGGUGCCUCUGUCGGAUGGGGGUAAGGCCUUCUGCAUUGUUUACUCAGUGGUGGGCAUCCCAUUCACCCUCCUGUUCCUGACUGCUGUGGUGCAGAGGAUCAUGGAGUUCAGUACACGCAGACCUGUGGAGUAUCUACACCGGCGCUGGGGAAUGUCCAAGCCUCUGCUGGCAGCCCUGCAUGCUUCCCUGCUGGCCUUUAUUAUCAUCUCCUGCUUCUUCCUCAUACCUGCCAUCAUCUUCUCAGUACUGGAAGAGGAUUGGAAUUUCUUGGAGUCCUUCUAUUUUUGCUUCAUCUCUCUUAGUACCAUUGGCUUGGGCGACUAUGUGCCAGGAGAGGGCUACCACCAGAGGUUCAGAGAACUCUAUAAAUUGGGCAUUACCUUGUAUCUGAUAUUGGGCCUGAUCGCUAUGUUGGUGGUUCUGGAAACCUUCUGUGAACUUCAGCAGCUGAAGAAGCUCAGAAAGGUGUUCUACACGAGGAAACAGAAAACAGAGGACCAACUUAACAUUGUGGAUCAUGAUCACCUCUCCUUUGCCUCUGGGUCUGAUCAGGCAUCCUCAUUUAGAGAGGAUAAAACUGAUGUAUUUCCAGAUGACUCACCCACUGCUACCCCUAACGGACCAAUGGACCGAUGAGGUUCUGCAAGCAUCCUGAUAUACUGUACCUAGAAUCCUUUAAGGCAUGAUACACUAAUAAUAUUUAUGAUUAUAUCUCCACUAAGAGCAUAAAUGUAUUGUAGUUAUUCUCUGCUGUCAAGUUCACUGAAAACUCCUGUAGAUAUAGAUUCUUGAAAUGCAGACUGAAGUUAAUUUAUUGAGGAAAAGGAUUAUAUGAAUGUUUAGAAAACACAAAAAUAUGUCCAUGCAGCUUCUGAAAAACAUGAUGUUACCACAGCAGAAUUGUGUGUAUGUAUGUGUAAAAGAUAAAUCCAUCCGUGACUUCUGAAUAUAAAUAGUUAAUGGGUAAGUGGUCAUAGACAAGCUUUACAUAUUCCUUGUACUUUUUAGGUGACUAAAAAGUGAUGCAAAUCGUAUAUAUUAGUUUUAUAGUUGUAUUAAUGCAGAUCAUGUCUUCAAGUUACCAAGUGUAUACUUGUGUAUGCCAAAUUGCUUUAUUUUCAUGAGAUUUUUGGAAUGCACAGGGGCAGGUCCCAAGUGACAUUAAAAUGUACUUUCCUGUUAUUGCUUAAAUACCUCAAAGGGAAAUAAAUAUAUAUAUAUAAUUGUGAAGGGAUUUAGACAAUAACAAAUGAUAAUUAUUAAAUUUUCUCAACUGAAGGGAUUUAUCUUUGCCUUUACAAGCCUUUUUUUCUUAUUUUUUUUUAAACGGUGCUUUUUAAUGCAGUAUGCAUUGUCCACCAGCUGGGGGUAAUGUUGUGCAUUGAGUGCCAUUACUGUUGUGUUGAAAGCAAGUCCUAAUAAUGAAUCUGUAUGUUUUUAAGAUCUACUGGGUAUGUUGAUGAAGGAAAAUGUAUUAACUUAUUUUAUUUUUAAUUUGUAGUUCCCAGUUUUAUUUUAUUGUCAAUUUUAUUGCAUAUGAAAGUUAUGCAUUUUACUUUAACAAAUCUGAAUAAACUGGUGAUUUGUGAUGCUCAUUCUUCAGCGACUGGUUAUGAAUGGUGUACAUGCACAACAGAACUAAAUAUAAACCAGACACAUUGGUGAACAUGUUUAAGAAUUUCCUCUUCUAGUUUCAGCCCUGAUGCCUGCAUGUGGUGCUAAUCUCCCUCAUUGUGCCCACUCAAAGCUGUUUACUGUGAGAUCAUUGCUAGGCUGUUUGCUACUGUGUUAAAACAUUGCUUGGGCGAGUUAGGCCUUAUGGGUCUGAGCAGCUGUACGGUCUGUUAACAGUCUAUCAGGAUAUCUGCUGAGUGCUGUUAAAAGCGAUAUUUACUCUGCUGUUUGAAAGUGAAUUUGAUGCCAUCCUGUAAUAGUGGUGCUGAAAUUGAGCCGAGGUUAUGUUAACAAUACCAGUUAACGGUACCCGCAGCUGUGCUCACCUUGUUAAACUUGACCCAAGUUUCUUACCAGUAAUGCUCUGUAUGUGAAAUUGUUAGAGGCCCUCUAAAUUCCCACAGCCAUUCUCUUAAAUGUCUCAUCCAUUAUCCUCAUCAAACCAUAAGAUACAUUAUUUUUGGAGAAGCUAAACUUUUCAUUGACUCCUCUGGCAAUGCAUUCUAUUGAUCUAUUAACUUUUCUUGCCUUUAGCACUUUGUCUUUAAAGGUACAUGAUUCCUUCAUACCAUGGGAAAAUGUUGUGUUUAAGUUAGUAUUCUGAAUGAGUUCCUGUUAGUAUUGGUUAUUAUUUUAGAUGCACUGUGUUCACCCAAAAGAAAAUAUAAUUGCUCCGACGUUGUUCUUUCAUACCUCAGAAGACUGCAUUUUGUUAUCAACUUUGUCCAAGAUGUUUCUCCA